AUGACGUGCUCCUUCCGUUACAGUCGGGGGGCAACCGACUCUGAAGCCGGUAGCCUUCUAGCUCAUGUCCCAAGCGUCAUAUCGUUUAUGGGCAGACGUUUUCGGUUAAAGACUUUUGUCGGUCCGUCUCAGGAAAUGCGCUGCACUGUUGCUUGCUAG